CCAGUAUGUUUACACCGCGGUCGCGACACAGAACGAAGAAUAUUGCUAAAUAUUAUGAUCUAGGACCCUUAACCGUCUUAAAAUUAACUAAAAAUGCCUAAAUUUCCGAAAUCAGCGCUUAGUUUAAAGCAGUUCAUGCUCCGCCAAGAAGUUCUAAACCUGUACCGGACCAUCUUUCGAACAAUUCGUAAAGUUCCGGAUGCCACGAGCCGACAAGAGCUUCGAGAAUGGGCUCGGACAGACUUUCGCGCUAACAAGCACCAAUCCGAGGAGCUAGCAAUCAAAAUGUUAAUUCAGCACGCCAAUCGAUCUCUGAAGGAGUUGCAAACCAGUCUCGACCUCAGUGGAAGUUCUAGCGAUUCUAAACCAGUACGAUGACUUUUAAUACAUUACUUGAUAUCGGAAUUUUGAAUUGAGAUUUACUAGUUGUGCUGAGCAG